AUGUCGGUUGGGAAUCUACUCAACAUCUUGAUCCGGGCCGCCAAUCAUGGGGCCGGAAAGGGUGUUUUGAUGAAAAAUGGCGAUGGAGGCGGUUCUUCUAAGUUGAUAACCUACAAGGAGCUUUUGGCUCUUGCGAAGCUGCGGUCGACGCAGUUACUGCACCGGGUGGGUGUUAAUAUUGAAAACAAAAUCAUCCUGCUCAAUGCGGUGGAUCAUAUGGAAAGCAUCGUAUGGUUCUGGGCAAUUAUUAUCGCCGGAGCCGUGCCGUGUAUUUGUCCACCUCUUCCAAAGGACAGAGAGCAACGGGAGGAGAGGGUCGCGUAUCUGAGAACGCUGUUAGACGAUCCCAUUAUUAUAACAAACAAGUCGCUGGCAUCGGAUUUUGGUGGCUUACAGGCACCCCAGGUAUUUUCAUCCACUAAUCUCGUGCGUGGUUCAGAUGAGGUGGAGUCGGUGCACGUGGAGCAACGACUAUGCAAAGAGACCGAAUUUUUGCCGGGAAGCAGCAAAAGCGAACAAGAUCUAGCUGUUCUAAUGCUCACAUCAGGAAGUACGAGCAACCCCAAGGCAGUCUGUUUGAAACAUGGACAGCUCCUGGCGGCACUGAAAGGUAAAAGCCUUCACCAUGGAACCGACCACAACGAUAUCUUCAUGAAUUGGAUCGGAUUGGACCAUGUUGCGAACCUCACCCAGAUCCAUCUGCAUGCUGUCAGCUUGGUGGCAACCCAGCUGCAUCUGUCGGGAGCAGAAGUCAUGGCGAAUCCAUGCCACUUCUUGGAAAGUAUCAGUGAGCAUAAAGUCACCGUGACCUUUGCUCCAAAUUUCUUCCUUGCAGCUUUAGUAAACAAGCUGAGAGCCACCGAAGAGCCCCUCUCUAACCUGGACCUCUCAUCGCUGCGUACAUUGCUAUCCGGCGGCGAGUCAAAUGUUGUCGACACAUGCGACAAGCUCACCCGCUUGUUGGGCCAAUACGGCGCACCAAGCUCCUUUAUCAGUCCUGGAUUUGGUAUGACCGAGACCUGCGCAGGAUCUAUUCAUGCUAUAAAUUGUCCUUCGUACGACAUUGCCCAAGGAGCCGAGUUUUGUUCUGUUGGACUCCCCAUCCCUGGGCUUCGUAUGAGAACUGUUCGCGAUGACGGAACGGAAGCUGCCAAGAAUGAAAUCGGGUCCCUCGAGGUUUCUGGUCCAGUCGUAUUUAGUGGAUAUUACAAUGAUCCAGCAGCGUCCGAUGCAGCAUUCACACCGGACGGAUGGUUCAAGACUGGAGAUGUCGGGAUUCUUGAUUCAAAGGGAGCUCUGAGAUUGACAGGGCGCAGCAAGGAAUCGAUUGUGAUCAAUGGUGUCAGCUACUCAUCCGAGAGUGUAGAGACUGCUAUAGGGCAGGCUGCCAUCCCCGGCGUCACCUCUUCCUUUACAGUGGUCUGGCCUCAUCGUCCCAAGGAUUCUCCAACAGAAACCGUCUGUAUUGCUUACCUCCCAACCUACUCAGCUGAGGAUAAGCAGAACCGGCUUACCACAGCCGCUGCUAUCUCCAAAGCAGUUGUCAAGCAUUGCGGCUCUCGACCGUUCAAAAUCAUCGCCCUACCCGCGGAGUUAUUCCCCAAGUCUUCUCUGGGGAAAUUGUCUCGGUCCAGGAUGCAACGAGCCUUCGAAGAUGGAGCGUAUCGGGAAUAUGAGCAUCAGGACAUGGCCAUCAUGGAAAAUUCGCGGAAGAAUAUUCAGGAAGCGGCGGGUAUGACCGCAACCGAGAAGGCUGUUCUUCAGGUCUUUCAUGACCUCCUAGCGAGUGACUACGGAGAGCUGGGAAUCGAAAUCCAAAUCGAUAGCGACAUGUUCGAAAUUGGAGUGUCCUCUAUUGACCUCCUGAAACUGCGAGUCUACUUAGAAAAAGCCUUGAACAUCGACAUCCCAAUGAUCAUCUUCUUUUCCCACCCAACCCUUCGCGACCUUAGCAAGGCCCUCGAUGGGUUGCAGAAAGAAAAGACCUACGACCCCAUCGUGGUCCUUCGUGCCCAUGGACCAAAGCCUCCCCUGUUUUUAAUCCAUCCAGGCCUCGGUGAAGUUCUGAUCUUCAUGAAUCUGGCUCGAUAUAUUGAAGACCGCCCAGUGUAUGCGAUUCGCGCUCGAGGAUUCGACGGGGAAGGAUUCUUCACCUCCGUCGACGAAAUGGUCACCACCUACCACGAUGCCAUCAAGCGCAUGCAGCCGACCGGGCCGUAUUCUAUCAUUGGCCACUCUUUCGGAUCGAUCGCGGCCUUUGAGAUUACCAAGAUCAUGGAAUCGAAUAAUGACAAAGUGCAAUUCCUUGCCUCGAUCGAUCAACCUCCACACUUCAAAUGGUGGGCUAAGCUGACCAAUUGGUAUUACGGGGCUAUGACCAUUUCUUACUACAUGAAUCUCAUCGAUGCAGAUUACCGAAAGAGUGCCUUGCCAGAAAUGCAAAAGAAAACGCACGAAGAGGUUUUGACCCAUAUCAUGGAGCACGCAGGACCUGCCCGGGUGAAGGACGCCGGAAUGUCACCCGAGUACCUGGAUAAUUGGGCGAUUCUGGCAAAUGAGAUGAAACUGAUCGCUCGGGAAUAUGAUCCAGCAGGACGCGUGGCAACCUUGGACAUCUUCCAUGUAGACCCUGCGAAGGUUGAAGGAGAGUGGCCUCACAAGGAUAUAAGGAAAUGGGAAGAGUUUGCCGAGGAUAUCAAGUUUCAUGUUGUCCCCGGAGGCCACUCGACAUUGAUCAGACAGCCUAAUGUUCUCGGAUUAUACAAAGUAUUAAAGAACGCGUGGGAGGAACGCGGAUUGGAAUAA